AAUGCUGAAUGAUCCCACCUAAUUUUGUCUCCUUCCUGGACUGGACUGCCUUCCAUUUUUUAAGACAUAUAUUUUUAUUGUUAAGAGCGGCCACUUGAGUAUCUGGUCAGUAUAAUGGAUCAUCUGUGACCGUGCGUCCGCUCUGGUGCAAGCCAAGACGAAGAAAGUUGGGGAAAGAUGCACGAAGAGGAUGGCGGAGAGGAGAACUCUACACGAGACCUGCGGGUUCUGGCCUCCAAUUCGGUGGACGCAGGCGAACCCGAAUCACUGAAGGACCCGGUUGCGAAACUAUGCGGUUAUUUGACUAAACUCGCUGGAAAAGGGCCGCUGCGGGGGUUUAAACUCCGCUGGUUUGUGUACGACGAGAGGAAAUGUUAUUUGUAUUACUUCAAGACUCCCCAAGACGCCUUGCCGCUGGGACACAUAACGAUAGGCGAAGCCAGCUUCAGCUAUGAUGUGGAGGGGGAUGAGGGGCAGUUUGAGAUUCGCACCGCGGGGAAGGAGUUUGUACUCAAGGCCCCUAACCGCCAGGUGAUGCAGUACUGGCUCCAGCAGCUGCAGCAGAAGCGUUGGGAGUUCAGUAACACCAGAGGGUCUGGACAGAGGGACAGCUGGAGUUCUCCUACCCCUCACACUGGCCUGGUGGCCAAAGAUACAGAUGUCUUUGUGUUUGAGAAGCCCAGUCACAGUGACAGCAUGGAGAGGGUACGCAGCGACUUUGCUAUGGAAACAGACACGGACGGACUGGUGGGUGUCCAAUCAGUACGAGGCCCCUCCCACCACCCCCCCAAUCCCCUCAACUUCUCCAGCAAGCUGGGCCACUGGAGCUCAGAGAUCAGGAACUCCAUGUCAGGUCUGCGUGUGGGUCGAGGAGGAGGAGAA